AUGUUUGCAUCUUCCUCAAGUAAUUACGAAACGGUGAACCUACAUAAACGUUUUACUGAAGUGUUAUCGCUCGGUGAAGCCCCGUCUACCCAACAAAUUGGCCGCAAACGAACUGAAAGAUUCUCUUCUCAGCCUCAACGUCUUGCGUUUGGUGAUGAUAUGAGGGACGGCGAGCCGCCACGAUUAUGCUACACUGAUCCGUCCGGAGUAUUGAGGGGACCAUUUGAUGAGUGGCGGAUACUUGAAUGGUACCGACAAGGAUUCUUUGCAAAUACGAUUUUGUUCAACUUGGAAAACGAUGAUGUCAAUAAAUUUUCAUUGGGUGAUUUGAUAGAACGUUUUGGAAGGGACAACCCGUUUGCAAGUCGAUCAAAUUGGCAAACUAGUCGCUUGAAUGGUACAACGUCAACGGCCGAACAAGCACCGAAACAUGAGGGGAAUCAACAAUUUGUUUGCACGGAAUGCCGAAGAAACGGUGAAAGAUUGGACGCUCUUCUCACGGCUGUACAUAGGAUCCAAAAUGUACUUGAAGUCAACACACAAAAUGUUGCCGACAAUACAACUGCUAUUGCUUCCCUGCGAGCAAUGCUUGAAGAGUCGCGUCUGUCCGCUUGGAAAUGGAAUUCUUCAGAUAUCAACUCAGAGCCCCAACAAAAAUUACCAGCUCUUCCAACAUUUGCCGACAUUCUUUCCAAGAGUGAUUCCGGAAUUGUGCCCAACGAAAGCUUUUCAAAGAAGGCAUCACCCGACAAGGAAGUACUUCAGGAAAACGGUGGUGGCAACGAAGUCGAUGAGAAGGUUCUCGGCAAAGAUUGGCCUGUAAAAGGCUUUGCUAAAGAAACAAAUCCUGGCGAUGAUUUGGCAUCUUUGGAGAAAUCUUCAACAAAAAGCUUGCAAUUGGAUAGCUUUGUGUCGGCCGAGCUGAUGAAGAUGCAAAGUGUACCAGCGGCUACAAAAAAACAAGAUCAAGGGGAAUCUCUACUACAGAAGAUCAAAAAGAAGAGCAAUGGGAAUUCAACUGAAAAGAAUGGCCACCCACACUUCACACUGCCCGACUCGGUGAAAGCUGAAGAUAUGAGGAACGAUGCAAAGGCAGGACCCGAGGAUCUACACAAGAAUACAAAUCAAGCACACGAAAAUGAUUGGAUAAACGCCAACACCAAGCCAUCGUUUCAUCCGUUUCCUGGUGCCACCACGCCGGGAGUUGUACAGCCAAUGAUGGUGCAGGGCGGGGGAAUGCCCAAAUGGUCAACGGGCGUCAAUGCAAAUGUCGGCUCGCCGCAUCACUUCAACUACAAUCACGGUCAAAAUGUGACACCAAUGACGAGCACUUGGGGACAAAACUCGUUUGCACCGCUUCAGAUGGCGUAUCGAACUCCUGCAUCUCCACCUACGCAAACAAAUCCCCCCACCUUUGCCGCUGCUGCUUUGAAAGAAAAGAAGGAAAUCAAUCCACCGCGGAAGCCUGAAACAGAAGAGUCGGGUCCUCGAUUGGUGCCGGUUGGUCGAAAUCCCCCUCGAAUGAUUAUGCGCCGAGCCCCAACCAACAAACAAAUA